AUGGAUAACAACAAAGAAACCAAGCAAUCAUUUGAGUAUUUUCAACACAAUGGCAUCACAUUCAUUUCAUCGAUUCACUCAAUUGAACAACUUGAAUGGUUGAAAGAUUUCGAAAUGGAUCCAGAUCUUCCACUCAUCGUGACUUAUCCCAAAUCUGGAACUUUUUGGAUGCAGCAGAUUGCAAGUCAGAUUUUAAGCAGUGGCAAUGAUGCUAACAGAAAAGGCAAGAACCUUUAUCAUAAAGCCCCAUGGAUAGAGUAUGUUGGAUUCAAGCCAGGUUGGACUGACUAUCAGCUGUUGACAACACACUUGAACUACCACAUGGCUCCAAAUUGUGUGAAGAAUAAAAUGAUCAAGAUCAUUUAUGUUGCCAGAAAUCCCAAGGAUGUGAUUGUGUCAUCAUACCACUUUCACAAAUACAGUCAUUUCUUGAAGAAACCGAAGGAUUUUCAGGACUUUCUGGAGCAAUUUGUUGAAGGAAAUGUGUUUUAUGGAUCAUGGUUUCACCAUAUCAGAGACUGGUACAGCCGUAAAGAUGAACUCAACAUCUUGUUUGUGACAUAUGAGGAUAUGAAGAAAGAUCUCAGGAGAGUGAUAGAAAAAAUUGCAUCUUUUCUGAAUAAAAAGCUGGAUGGAGAAACCUUGGAGUCAAUUUUGGAACAAUGCACUUUUAAGUAUAUGAAGGAAAACCCUGAAACAAACUACCAUGAAGCAUCAGGGAUGUUCGAUGCUGACAAAGGCUCUUUUUAUAGGAAGGGGAUUACUGGAGACUGGAAGAAUCACUUUCUUGUGUCUCAGAAUGAGUGGUUUGAUUCCAUCUACAAGGAGAGGAUGGCAGACUUCCCAGUGACGUUUGACUAA